AUGGAGACGGGCGCACAAAGGGAUGAGCGCACCGAGAGAUACCCAACUGUGCGAAACUACUCGAUUAUCGAGAAGUCGCGCAUGAUAUGGAACUGGAUCGUAGAUGCAGUGCUUCGGCAUGCACUGUACUCUCUAUCCACGGGUCCAUUACCGAGGCACAUUGCCUUUAUCAUGGACGGUAAUCGGCGGUGGUCUCGAUCGCACGGCAUGCCUGUCCAGGAAGGACAUGCUAAAGGAUUCGAAACACUGAAGCGCAUACUGGAGCUGUGCUUAUCGCUUCAGCGCAUCGAAGUCGUGACUGUCUAUGCUUUUGCCAUUGAUAAUUUUAAGCGCAAAGCAUCGGAAGUCGAUGCUCUCAUGGAGCUUGCAAGAACACGGCUCAUUGAACUAUACCAGGAAAGUGAAUUCGUAGCAAGGCACUCGAUUCGGAUUCGCAUUGCAGGGCAUCGCGAGUACCUGCCGCCCAGCGUCCAGGAAACAGCAAGGCGCGCCGAGGAAGAGACCUGCCAUAAUACGGGCCCUAUCCUCAACAUCUGCUUUCCGUACUCGGCUCAGGCAGAAAUAUGCUAUGCUGCACAGAAAGCGGCCAAAGCUGGUGAGCCCAUCAUUCCCGAUACAGUGGCUUCACAUUUGAUGGUACCGGCCAAUAUCCCCGUCGAUAUUCUCGUGCGCACGUCGCACGUCUCGCGGCUCAGCGACUUUUUGCUAUGGCAAGUUAAUGAACAUACGCAGAUGCACUUCAUCAAGCAAUACUGGCCGACGUUUGGAACGUACGAUCUUUUAUCUAUCCUGCUAGAAUACCAACGAGCACACAUGUAG